UGACUCCAGACCCUCUUAGGAACUUCUUCACUGAACCCAAGGAGGAGAUCAGGCAAGAGCUGUGCUGGGCAGAUCCUUUGGAUUGUGGCUGCUGUGCACAGGAAUAUGGAUGGUGAAACUGGGACUGAGGAGGUGUUAAUUCCAAAGCAUCAUUCCUGAAAAAUCAGAAUCAUAUGUACUUUCAAGAGAAUUCCACAGAGACGUUGCCCAGGAAGUCAAAAUUUAGAAGGCUCUUCUGAAGGGAAAAAGAAGACUAGAGAGGACACUGGUAUGUUCUAAGCAGGAGAAAAUGAAGGGAAAGACAAGAAAUUUCAAACAUAAGACAGUUAAAGACGAUAAAGUACUCACAGAAGGGAGUGACCAAGAAUCUGAAAAAGACAGUAGUCAAUGCUGUGACCCUGCAACGAACGAGAGAGUUCAGGCUGAAAAGAGACAGUAUGUAUGUACUGAGUGUGGGAAAGCCUUUAGUCAGAGUGCAAACCUCACAGUACAUGAGCGAAUCCACACAGGAGAGAAACCCUAUAAGUGUAAGGAGUGUGGAAAAGCCUUCAGCCAUAGCUCUAACCUUGUUGUUCAUCGGAGAAUCCACACUGGACUGAAGCCCUAUACGUGCAGUGAAUGUGGGAAAUCUUUCAGUGGAAAGUCACAUCUGAUUCGGCACCAGGGAAUCCACAGUGGGGAGAAAACUUACAAAUGUAAAGAGUGUGGGAAAGCCUUUAGUCGGAGUUCAGGCCUUAUAUCACAUCACAGAGUUCACACUGGAGAGAAGCCCUACACUUGUACUGAGUGUGGGAAAGCCUUUAGCCGUAGUUCAAACCUUACUCAACAUCAGCGAAUGCACAGAGGAAAGAAGGUUUACAAGUGUAAGGAAUGUGGGAAAACAUGUGGUUCAAAUACAAAGAUUAUGGACCAUCAGAGAAUUCACACUGGGGAGAAGGCUUAUGAAUGUGAUGAGUGUGGAAAAGCUUUCAUCUUAAGGAAGACCCUUAAUGAACACCAGAGACUUCAUCGUAGAGAGAAACCUUACAAAUGUAAUGAGUGUGGGAAGGCUUUUACUUCUAAUCGAAACCUUGUUGAUCAUCAGAGAGUUCACACUGGAGAGAAACCCUAUAAAUGUAAUGAAUGUGGGAAAACCUUCAGGCAGACUUCUCAAGUUAUUCUACAUUUGAGAACUCACACUAAGGAGAAACCCUAUAAAUGUAGUGAGUGUGGGAAAGCGUAUCGGUAUAGCUCACAGCUUAUUCAGCACCAGAGAAAACAUAAUGAGGAGAAAGAAACCUCACAAAUAACAAAUACUGUGUGUAGUAGGGCUGACUGCUGCUUUUCUAAAAAUUAUCAACCUUAACUCUACUUCUAAGAAUCAUACAGGGAAAAUAAUUAGAAGUAGACAAAGAUUAAGGAAAGGGAUGUUCAUGCCAGCAUCAUAUAUGACUGAAAGAAGAAAACUAGAUUUUCAACAUUACAGGGUUGAACUGAAUGAUGGGAUAUCCAUAUGAUGGUUCUGCAGCCUUUGUAAACAUUUUUAAAGAUGAUUUAAUGCCAUGGGGAAAUGAUUUGGAUAAGAUGGAAGAUAAAAGAAAACAACAAAAUACAAUCCAAAAUUUUAGAAAAUAUUUAUGCAUAGGAAAAAAUGGGAAGGAAGUAAACCAAAAUGUUAACAGUGAUCAUCUCUGGGUGAUAGGAUUUUAGGUGAUUUCUAUUUUCUGCUGCAUACUUUUCUGUGCUUUCUAGAUUUUCUACAUGAGAAUAUACUAAUUUUAUAUUCAAGAAAAAAACUACAGUAUUUUUUAAAUGCAAUGAAGAUAUGCCCAUUUUCACUCAGCAGUGUUAUGAAAGGCGGAUAGUGUAUAGAGCCUGAAGUCUUGGGAUUGCACUCUGACACUGGCAUUUAGCAGCAGUGGAACCAUGAGCAAGUCACUUCCUUUUAGAGCAUGUUUCCUGUUUAGUAAAAUCAUAAACACCAAUUCUUUGUCUUUUUUAAUUUUAAGGCAAGCUGACUUUAGAGUUGUCAACAAAAUAUGUAGUAACACUGUUAGGUUAAAAGAACACAGCAAAAAUUCACUGAACCCUCCUUUCCUACAGUUAUGGAAGGAUCUGAAGAUGAUGGAGAACUACCUAGGCUUCAUCUUUUCAAUAUAUGUCUAGACAA